CUUACAUUGAAAGUUCAAACAGGAAGUAGUAUUAUUUCAUUUGUCGGGCUUGAUUUCGCUGGAGUGAGCAGCGUGUGUUAAAAGCCUUCCCCGUCUCUGCCUCGUCUGGAGGACAGAAACACAACACUCCUCUUUUCUGCGCUUGCUGCUUGCGCACAUUUAAAGACAUUUAAUGCCCAGACAUCACCGGAACUAAUAACAAAUAGAAGAUACAGACACAGACACAAACACAAGACGGAUGGAGGAUUCUCCAUUCAAGCCGUCAGUGGCUGAACUGGCCGGCAGGUUCAAAGGUCAUAUUCUACCACUGCCUAGCGCACAUGACAAGUUACCAUUUCGAAGGAAGCCCCCGUGUUCGCUGCAGUUUCCCAACCAGAAAAACGAUGCAGACGAAUCAGAUAAAAACACGGUCUCUACCAGUCCUGUUCAAAUUGGGAUGAGGAGCUCAUCCAUCAUUGAGAGACUUCAGGCCAACCUCGCUUUGUCACCCACCACCUUGCUGCCUUCACCGAAGAGCGCCGCAGAUGUGAACCGACAGCCUGAAUCGCCAUCGCCGCCCUCCACUACGAGCCCCACCUGGGGCCCCCGGAGCCCCACCCUGCAACCUGUGCAGGUGUCCGUCGAGGAGGAGGAGCCUGUCAACUUUGACAGCCCUCCCGAAGGCACCCCUCUGCCCAGCUUCAACAAGACUCGAGCUCGGCUGUCGUUCAAGAGGCGCCCGCCCACGAGACAACACAGGAGGUCGGCCGGAGAGGAGGCGGGGCUACUUGGGAGCAACCUGUCGCCAUGUGAACUGCAACCGCCUGAGGCCAAUGGGGACCGCGUUUUUGAGUGCACACAGGAGGAGGAUGAUGAGCACCACCACAUGGUUAAAGAAGGUGAGGAAGAAGAGGAAGAGGAGGAGGAGGAGGACUGUGAGGAGCAAGCAAAUGCCCUCCCAGAGGGUGAGGUGGAGGUUCCGGGGGAAGAAGAGUGGCCUUUGGAGUUGGACCCCGCCCAGUCUACAGAGAACAACUUCCACACGAGUGAAGGAGACCCUGCACUGCUGCACUGAUCACCUGUCAGGAUGUUGAACAGUAAAUAUCACCAAAAAGACGCACAUAUUUUAAAUAUUUUAACUGCUUCUGAACAAGUGCAGAAUGUCCUGCAAAGCCUGCUCUGUCGCCCUCUGCUGGCCGUUUAUCGACUGUUCAUAAAUAAACAGUGCUUAUGAUUUUUA